CCAGGCUGUGAUGUAACACAAAUCUACAAUAACCAAAUCGGGAUGGUUGGGAGGUGUGGAGACGCCUCCAACAGGCACCGCUCCUCCCGGGCGGCAGCGAGGGCGGAGUUAACCAACUUUCACGCCGAGUUGAGUGGACGACGGAUAGUUAUGUGCUCAGUCGGACCGGUUGACCCUUUGUUAGGGUUAAAGUGAUUAAUUAAUUAAUUAUUUAUUUAUUGAUAACUUUUCGUUGCCUUGUAACUCUUGGCGCAGCGUCAAAAUGAUGCGCUUCCUGCUGCUCUUCAGUCGCCAGGGAAAGCUGCGUCUGCAGAAGUGGUUCACGCCGGUGUCAGAACGUGAGAAGAAGAAGAUUAUCAGGGACAUGACCACAAUGGUGUUGGCACGGCAACCACGCUCCUGUAACUUCCUGCACUGGAAAGACCUGAAGAUUAUUUACAAGAGGUAUGCAAGCUUGUACUUCUGCUUGGCCAUAGAGAACCAGGAGAAUGAGCUGAUAGCCCUGGAGGUUAUCCAUCGCUACGUGGAGCUGCUGGACAAAUACUUUGGCAAUGUGUGUGAGCUGGACAUAAUCUUUAACUUUGAGAAGGCCUAUUUUAUCCUGGAUGAGUUUAUAAUGGGAGGCGAAAUACAAGAAACCUCCAAACAAAUGGUGAAUCGCUCCAUUGAAGCCUCGGACAUGUUACAGGAGGAUGACAGCAGUGAGUGGUAUGAGGUGGAGCUGUUUGGAUGACAUGGAAUAUGGACAGAAAGACCAUGGAGGAGUAUAUGAGCAAACCUGCAUUUUAACCCAUGGGGACGAAGGACACAAGGAACAGCGGGGAGGAACCGGAUGUACUGUAUUUGAGUCAAAGAAGUUUCUGAAUAUGGAUAUGGAAUUUAUUUUUGAUUCUAUUGAAGCUUUUUCGAAAAAAGAAAAGGGAAUGUCUUCUCACCUUCUGCCUGACGUAACUGCCUUUGAGAGUGUGAUAUUUAUCCUUCGCUCAACUGAAGGAGGGGCGGAGGGUUGUUUUCACAUUGAUUGCCGUCAUUGAAAUGUAAAUGAAGUAGUAAUAGGAUCUGGGGUGUAAAAAGGGAUUUUAGGGGUAUGAAUUUGUUGAGUUUAUAUUUAAAUCGUGUAUAUGAUUUCUCUAAUAUAUUUGAGAAUGAUUUUAUUCCCAAAAAAAAUUAGCCAAAAAUGGUGCUAAUCUGCAAAUCCAGUUAAUACAAAAAAAAUAAAAAUAAGAAAGAAAUGUGCUUUCAGUCUUCAACAACCGCUUUCAACAGAUUGGAGUGAGAGUGAUUUAAUAAUGAAUUUCCUAUUGUUUUUAAUCUGCAUAUGCCUAGUUCACAUGUGUGGGCCCGUUUGUAUUUAAAAGGAACAGUUGCUGUGGGUGUCAUGUGUAAUUUAUGAUGUUGGAGCUUAUAAUUAAAAUGUGCCUUUUGAUAAAC